AUGGUGUUGCAGGAGGAAUUCAGUUUCGAAAAUGAGCGCUUCAAGAGAGGUCCGUCAGCUCUAAAACGAGUCAUUUUAUUUUCUUUAUUAAUCGCCCCCAAUCGCCGCGAAAGCUAUCAAAUUUAUCGAUUAAGUUACAUUUUUUUUUUAAGUUUGUUGUGUCGUGUGCCGUCUUUUUUCUACAAUUUCUUCUUUUUUCUCUAAAUAAGACAAAAUUAUUAUUUAUUUGUGCUUUUUUUUAUUGAUGUGCAUAUGAGGAGAAUGUAUUGCAAAUAUUUUCUCUCUUCAAAGUUACUCUUUCACCGUAAAUUGAAUUGACUUGUUUUUAAUUCAAAGAUUAGGCAUAAACGUAAAUGCAACUCAUAACCAAGUUAGACUGCAAUUGUGACUAAAUGACCAAGUUGUGUUCUGAUCAUUUCGAAAAAAAAACAGCACCAACUGUCCAUAAAUCUAUGGAAAUGCUUAUUAAUUGAUACACAUUAAUUGAGCACAAAAGUGUACGAGUGAAUGAAUUCUUUUCUACACUGUUGAGUGUUUACGUUUUUACUACGAAAAAAUAUUUCGUAAAAAAGUUGUUUUAUUUUUUGUUCCACCUUUGAACUGUUUCCAAAACCUUUCAGAAAGUGAAUCUUUUGGCACCAGGAGAUAUGAUCGGACCAAAAAGAAAUAGCUAAAAUUUGUAAAAUAAAAAAAAAGGUUUUGAUCUUCGAAAUUCGAAUUUUUUGUUGUGUAUCCCACCCCACAAAUGGAUAUGAAAUUUUUCUCUCUGCUCAACAAAAUGCUGACUGAGCGUGUGUGUGAGUUUUUAUAAAAUGUGUUGAGAAGUACAAGAAAAGCUAUAACAGAUUAUCUAUUAUUACACAAAAAAUACCAUUGGAAUGUGCAACAUACGAAGAAGAAGUGGCAACAUCGCUCUGUGGAAUUUCAAUAUGGCGGGACAGAGUGGAUAAUAUUCCCAUCUCACUCCACAAUCAUCCGAACCACGUGCCGUAGAGUGAGACAGGAGUUACGCGAAGAAGUUUGUGUUAUACUGUUGAAUUGAAUUUGUGGUGUUGUGAAGAAAAAUCCAAGAAGUAGAAGGUUCAGAAAAGAAAGCAAAAUAAAAAAAAGUUUUAUAUUUCUCCGAUCAUAGAACAGUGUUAUAGUUUAACUUUGUUAUAAUAAAAAAAUACAUAAAACAAAAAAAUACCGUAAACCCCGAAAUAAACUCAGUUGGGGUAAAUAUAAAACAAGAAAAAAAAAUAAAAAACUUAAAAAUAAAAAGUUGAAUAUGCCAAAAAGACAUAGCAAAAAUGGUGAACUUCAAUUGCCCGAUGGUUGGGAAAUUGGACAGGACUACGAUGGAAAAAUCUACUAUAUUGAUCACAAUGCCAAGAAAACAACAUGGAUUGAUCCAAGAGACAGAUAUACAAAACCAUCAAAUUUUGCCGAUUGCAUUGGCGAUGAAUUGCCAUUGGGUUGGGAGGAGGCCUAUGACACCAUCAUUGGCCGAUACUAUAUCAAUCACCUCAAUCAAUCAACACAACUCGAAGAUCCGCGACAAGAAUGGAAAAUUGUCCAAGAGGCCAUGCUUCGUGAAUAUCUCAAUUCAGCACAGGACGUGCUUGAGGCGAAAAAGGAGAUCUUCGAUGUGAAACAGAGGAGACUUAUGUUGGCCCAAGAUGAAUUCAACAAUCUCAAUGCAAUGGCCGCAAGUAGAACUAGUCUUUAUUCAUCGUCGAGUUCGAUUAGCACCAAAUUUGAUCCUGAGCUUCUAAAGGCCGAUCUGGCGUUAUCAAAGGAACGAGUCCGACGACUGAAGCGUGAACUAGCUCAAAUAACAUCGGAGAUAUCCUUCACACAACGCGGAGUAGACACACUCUACAAUGUGGAACAGAAGCUCAGUGCCCGCGAGAACGGAUGCUACAACCUGGCUGAAGUUCAAGCGAUACGGGACGAGAUGAUCAAAAUCCAGAGGAAUCUCGUAUCAGGAGAGCAAGAGAAGAAGGAACUCAAACGUAGUCUGACACAGUUAAAGUAUGACCUAACGAGGCUACAGUACGGCAGUGGAAGUCCUGUGGCGUCAGCUCUCAAUCUGGCUCAGGAUCGUGUAUGUGCAUCAUCACAGACCGAUCUCUGUGCAGAUAUCUUCCCGUUGGGUGCUCGUCUGGCAGAAGUGGCCAAAACACGUCUGCAAUAUGAUGAAUGGAAGAAGAGGAUAAAGUUCUUGCAGCAGCAACUAGCUGACCAUGUUGAGAAGAUUGAACCUGGGCAGCUGGAGUCUGACAAAGACAGAUUGCUAUUGAUACAGGAGAAGGAACAAUUCCUGAAAGAGCUGAGAAGUAUACCGGCCUCAUCGAAAACACCCAAAGAGAUGGCUGAGAUUCAGACGACGUGCCAUCAACUUGAACUAGAACUCAAUCAGGAGUAUGAGUUUAGCAAUCAAUGCAUAGCCAAUAGAUUGCGAGUUCAUGAGGAGAAACAGAUGCUUCUGCAGCAAUUGCAAGAUGCACUGAGGUCGACGAAAUUGCUCGAAGAGAGGCUAAAGAGUCUCUCAUCAGGCAGUACCUUCUCAAUCAGCAGCGGAUCUAGUCUGGGCUCUCUAUCUACUGCUAGCAGUAAGGGAUCCCUGUCAGGUCUCAGUUUCACCGAUAUCUACGGUGAUCCUCUAUCUACGGAACCUCAAGUUGACAUGGUUGAUCUACAGCGAAGGAUUCAGCGAUUAUCUCAUCCUUCAGAAGUUUCCCUAUCACCACGCAGUAGUUUGUCUAUGGAAACACCACCUGCAUCUCCAAUGAAGGACUCUUCUGAGUGUGCCACAAAGGGUGAUGAGCCUACGUAUGAGAACACUAAGAAUCUUGACCUAAGUUCAACAGUUCUGGAUUGUAUGCGGCUCGAGGAACGACUCCAAGAACUGGAGUUUAAGCAAUCUCUAGGUAUAGCACCUCAACUAUCUCCAAUCUACGAGAAACCUUCUCUCCUCGACCUGCCACAGCAACAGAUCGCCAUGUCAAGAUCAUCCUCAGCAUCCAAUACCAGAUCCGUCUCAGCUGCAGUUAGCAAUGAAUCUGUAGCUGGGGAUUCGGGUGUAUUUGAAGCAUCUAGAGCUUUGCUUCCCAACAGAGAGGCAGCCCAGGUGCAAAUCGGUCUUAAAUACUCCAAGGCGGACAGUGUCCUCCACAUCUCAAUUGAGAGAGCGAGGAAUCUCACAGCACUUUGUCCACAACAGCAGUGUCAAAUGUACUUUAAAGCUGCUCUCCUGCCAAAUUCGUCACAAAUGCUACGUACAAAUAAUUUCACAGACUUCCAGAAACCAGUAUUUGGGGACAGUUUCUCAAUAGCUAUUCAUCUGCACAAAGUCUUUACCAAGACACUUCAGGUCAACGCAAUUGCAAUACUUACUGGUCAACGGGAGGAGUGCAUUGGAUGUGCUCAAGUUAGUCUAGCUGAAUUUAAUGCUGAUGAUACAACGCUCAAGUGGUACAACAUCCUUAAUUUCCGCUAUUUGAACAACCUGGAGACCUUUGAGGUUGCUGGAGCUUGUAAGGAAGAAUCUUCCGAUGAGUCCACAAUAAUCUCCUCUCAGACAUCAACACUGACCCGAAAUCAGGGUCAGGAAGAUGUCCAUAGUGCCGCACUGGCAAUGGAAUUGAAUCAAAGACUGAAUAUCAACAGUGACGACGAGGAACAAUCUGCUGAAGCUAGCGGCGGAAAGGACGACGACGACGAAGAGUCGAGUACUGAAGAUGAGGAACAGAACGAAUCAACAGAGCAAAUGUUAGCUGACUAUAUGAACGAAGUGCAAAAUUAUACACCUGAGAUGGCAGACAAGGAGACCAAUACCGAAUGUGCCUUCCUGCCAGAGAAGGCUAGGAGACGCCUUCAGGAAACUGCAGCAAUGUCCAAAGAAACCAUAGAUGAUCGUCUAGUUAAGCGAUCGCAAACCUUUUCACCAAGCGCUGUGGUUAAUAAAAACCGCAUCUGCCGCCUGAACCGAAGUGAUUCAGACUCAGCCAUGCAUUUUGGGGCUGCAACCCUACUGCAUCCCUUCCAGAGGAAUUCAAUUGAACGACGAUCACUUCGUUUCCACAACAGACUGCCAAAAGCCGUGUCAAAAAUUCAUCCAUCAUCAAUUCCACGCACAAGUCUGGAUUUGGAACUUGAUCUUCAGGCACAGCACACAAAGCUUGAGACACUCAAUGAUGAAAUCUCCAAAUUGCGAGAUUUGAAGCAGCGUCUUGAGCAAGCACGUGAUGCCAAUGAUGCAAAAGUAGCUGCCUGGGCACUUGAGAAUGAAGAUUUCCAGAAGCUGGUUGAAAGUGGUGAUCCAAAUACGCCAGAUGACAAGAAAUUGCAGAAAUUGAUGCACAAAAAGUCCAAGGAGAUCUACAAGCUCAGAAAGACACGUUUGGGCAAGGGACAACCUGACAUUGUGUCCUUCAAGGAGAAAAUGGCCUUUUUCACGAGAAUGGGAAUGUCAGUUCCUGAACUUCCAACGGAAAAUACAUCAAAUGAGGAUCUGACACUGCCAGAAAAUAUCCAUGGGCCCCUCAAUCCAUCUCGUCGGAAGAAAAUUCCACCGCCACCGAGCUAUCCUCAUGCAGAAGCUAUGCCUCAACUUUUGCAUACUUCUGCAGAGGUUCACCCAAUUCCUACACCAAGGACAAUCAGCGAGAGUAUCGCCGAAGAAACUGAACCUGCAGAUUAUGUCGUGGACAGAAAUUUCGGUGUAGAAGUGUAAACUAUCACCCAAGAUUUCUGGUGAAUUUUUUAUUUGCUCGAGAGCCUCAAAGUGCAAUAAUUAAGAUUAGAAAGAAAGAAAAAAGUAUACUUUAGGGGAAAUGCUUCUAAUUUUGUCCAGUUUCUUAUUUUGGACACUUUGAGGAUAACAUUGGACACUAAAAAUAAAUUGAUUAAAAUGAUGGAUUUUUAUUCCAAUAUUUGAUGAAUAAUGAAUUCUAUCUAAAUAUUUGUUCUUUUUGGAAUAUUUUAACACUAAAUACGUUAAAAUUUGAAUAUGAUUUGAGUUGAAAUUGCUUUGUUGAAAAUUCAGUGUGAGCAAUUGCUUACGAGAAAUAUGACAGAACUUCGUGGCUUACUUCAGUCUUAUUUAGUUUUGGUGAAGUACUAACAAAGUUUGUUCGCUGUUUUUGAGUGAUAUUAUUGAAUAUUCAUUGAGUAUUGUGUUGAUUCACGUUACUGAUGAUUUGUACAUUUGACCUGAAGUGAGAUUUGCCUUGUGAAUUAUAUUUUUCGUGUGAAAAAUGGGAAAUUUUUUAAGACAUUCACCAGUGAGGUGAUGAUUCUUAUUUUGGACAGGUGUUUUUCUCACGAAAUUUCGUGAAGUUUUAGCUUUUGUGAUGACUAGGUUGGACAAAUGCCUGGAGAAAUGAAGGAGCAUCAUCUCUACGAAAGAGAUGCAGUGAGAAAUGCCUUGAAAGGCUCCCGGAAAGGGCAGGUAAUGAGCGAAUCCGCACGUACUUGGACUACCGAAGUCAACUCACUUUAAUGAAUGAUAUGGAAAGUUUCUGGGCUUCUUGUGACAUUCUACGUUUCCCUUACAUGACCAGGAAGAGGACUUGGUAAGAUUGGUUCAUAAAAUGAAGAACAAUGGGCAUCCUGUUGAGGCGGAUUAUCUGUCCAAAUUUACAGACAAGUUGUAAAAAUUAAUAACCAAGUUGUCCAAAAUAAGAGUCAAAUUCACCUCUACAUAUCAAUUCAUUUUUAAACGUAUUAAAACUAAUUUUAGUAAAAAUGAGAUGAUAAAUAGCUUGCCAAGUUUCUAAACAAUCCUUCUGAAAAGAGAGUAACAAGAAAAGUCAAUUAGUAUUGAAAAUAUGGCACUUCAAACUUAGGAUAUCGAUGCUUAUAUGCAGACUGUCCAAAAUUAUAAGCACUUCCCCUAAGUGUCUCUCAUGAUAGAAAAAAAUUAUCACACUAUUUUUCACAGUAUCCAGAACAUUAUUUUAUUGCUUCCUUGACUCUGUGAUUUUAAGUAGCAUGAACAUUUCUCUUUAUUUACUUUAAAACAAAAGUCUAUAUUAACAUUUUACAACGUUAUGGCUCCGGCACACCUUUUAGAUCAGAAAAAUUUCAUGAAAUCAAAAUUCAGAGCCCUUUCUCACAUGUUUUGAAUAUGUCUAUCUCAUUCUUUCGAAUACCAAAUUCGAUUGAGCAAAAUUGAACUUGGAGUGAUGUUUAAGAGAAGAAGAAGAGUGCGAGAGAAUGAGAUAGACAUAUGCAAAACAUGUGAGAAAGAAAGGGAUCCGAAUUUUGACUUCAUGAAAUUUUCCUGAUCUAAAAGGUGUGCCGGAGGCAUUAGGACGAAAUUGAAAGGAAAAAAAUCUAAAAUAAGUGUCUGUAAAAUCUGUGUCUUAUUAAUAAUUUUGUGUAAAAUCACUGCCUUAAACAGCUUGUAAUCAUUUGGAAAAAUUAUCUGCAAUCUCCUCAAAAAUAAAUGUUUUAAAUGUGCGUCUAAAGUUUAAAUUUAGAAAAACCAAUAACGUGCCUUCUAAAUUUGGAUACUAGAGAGUGAGAUUUUUGAUGUUCUUAUCAAAUUCCAAAAUGCUUUGUAUUUCGUACAAAAACACAAUUAAAAAAAAACCAUUUAGUGUAUCUUUAUUUCGGACAAAAUUUGCGCCAUUUGAGAAGAGAGAUAACUUUGUUGUUUUGGCCACCCCACCGAGAAUUAACUAUUCUUUUCUCUAUGUUACAUUAAAAAGUUUUUAGUUUCAAGCGACAACUGGUGGGAUUAACUUGUUAGCAAUUUGUAGAGAGAAAAUAUAUCAAAUAAGAAAAAAAUGUUAUGUUUGUCAAUGAACUAGCUAAUUAAAAAAGAUUUAUUGAAUAUUUAAGAAUGAAAAUAUCUACAAAAAAAUGCAAGUAAAGAAAGUGCCUAAUUUGUUGCAAAACUAACUGCUAAAGUUAAUGAAUAAAAUUUAUUUAGAUAGAAAUUUAUCUUGAAGAUUUAAAAGAAAAUCAAAUAAAUGUGUCAUAGUCUCAAUAUAAAAAAAAAUGAAUUAACUACUUGAAGAAAUGAAAUCUAUUUUUAAAAAAUAAAUCAUAAAAUUAAGCAUUACUGUAGCGUUAAAAGUAUGAGAAAAGAAAUAAUUUAACACACAAAGAAAUAUUUAGAAUAAAAUAUUAAAUUAACAAAAUACAAAAAAUAUCAUGUUCUUUUUUUUCUAAUUUAUAAUGUUGAUUUUAGUGAAUUUUUUAGAUAGACUUUUUUUGAAGAUGUAUUUUACGUGAAUAUUUGCAAAUGGAUAGAUGAAUGCACACAUAAACGAACAUUUUUUUGCUGUAAAUAGUUCUUUUUUUUCUAAGUAAGAAUUUAUUAAAUAUAUUCAUGAGAAUAAUCGAAAAAA